GCAUAAAUUACCUCAGUUAUUCAUGAAUCAAUAAUAAUGUAUGAUUCGGACUGUUGUGCAGGUUUGGAAAGGAAGAAUCGAGAGUAUGGGGGGUCGAAUAAUGCCGACGCUUUCCCUUGAACCACCUGUCACCCAUGUGCUAGCCUCUGGGCCAGAUAGACUCCGUAGCAGUGCGAAAGCGGAAGACCUUGAGAGGCAUUCAUGCGUGAUGUUUCUACGGUACGAGUGGAUCGAAGACAGCUUGAAGGAGGGCAAGCUGAUGCCGCCCGAUCCUUACAGGCUUAUAGUGCACAACACCAGCAUUGAGAAGAGCUUGACGAGUUCGACAACAACAACGGCGACUGUUGCUGUCGGUUGUUUGCAGAUGCUCAUUGCCCCGAUUGCAGGGCCGCAGAAGCUGAACCACAAAGGCAAGGAAGAGAGUGGUGCGCUCGGGGAAGUUGUUUCAUCGAUGAUAGGCAAGGAGGGAAAGCAGAAGAAGGGCAGAGGUGGAGAAAGUGACAGCGAGGAAGAGAGAACGAAGGAAGAGGACUGCAGAGGAGACAUUCUGACUAGAUAUCUAGGUACCACGGCGCCGGCGGCAGCAGACGCGUUGGAGCCAUGUUCCACCAGUCUGAACACACAUAUCACUCGAAUCCUUUGGGAGCUGCACGACCUUUACGAGGGAGUGCUGGAUGAUGGGAAUCGUGCGUUGAUAUAUCGGAAAGUGGCAAGUGAGAUUGACAAGCUUUCGUACAAAGUGACGUCUGCCAGCCAAUUGGAUAAAAUGGAGGGGAUCGGCCAGAGCACGAGAGUGAAGAUUAAGGAGAUCUUGAGGACUGGAAAACUGGAAAUGCUGGAGGUCUUGCUAGCGAAUCCCAAGGUGAGUGUUUUGCAGCUAUUCAUGUCAGUAUGGGGAAUCGGACCGAAGACCGCAACAGAAAUGUACAAUCGUGGAUAUCGGACCCUAGAAGAUUUGAAGAGAGAGUCCUCACUUGAACGCAUGCCAAGGCUCGGUUUGAAGUACUAUGCUGACAUUUUGCAGCGCAUUCCACGUGUUGAGGCAGUUGAGCUUGAGAAAGUGGUCGUAGGUGUGGCAAAGGAGCUGUACCCUGGGGUCUUGGCACAGGCAACGGGUUCAUUUCGAAGAGGCAAGGCUUCGUGUGGGGACAUCGACUUCGUCAUCUCUCAUCCUGACGGUAACAGCCACAGGGGUUUGCUGGCAAAACUCGUUGCCCGUUUAACGGACAUUCAGUUCAUCUCAGACGGUUUGCAGGACCGAAGUCGUGGUCCACAGGCUCCUGGCCAUUACGAGGUCGACACGUACAUGGGUUUGUGUAAACUGCAAGGUGCAAGGCAUUAUCGGCGAAUCGACAUCAAGGUCUAUCCAAUCCGUGCUCACCCGUUUGGUCUCCUCCAUUUCACAGGAAAUGACAUCUUCAAUCGCAGGAUAAGAGAAUUGGCAAAGAAGAAGGGGUACAAGCUGAACGACCAUGGACUCUUCCCUACAGUUGGUGAAGGGCAAAAUAUUCGCAGCGGGACUGAGUCCAUUCCUUGUGCAACUGAGAGGGAGAUUCUUGAGAAGCUUGGAAUGCCAUACUUGGAGCCCCAUGAGCGGAACUGGUGACAUCGUUCUGACUUCUAAGGCUUGCAUUGGACAUCCUCUCACGGGUGGAGACGAAGCAGAGGGCAGAUGUGAAUGGAGCGAGGAAUGAACUCGAUGAUCGUGGCUUAUACAAAGCUGGGGGCAGGGGAACUCCAAGGGUGGGUGUGAGGGGAGGGUGUGAUGGAACCUUCUGUGGGUGAUCGUCGUGCCUUGUACAAGGCUGGGGGCAGGGGAACUCCAAGGGUGGGUGUGAGGGGAGGGAGGGAUGUGACUUUCUGUGUAGUGAUUCACAAGGGAUGGAGAAUGUGUGAACUGCAAGGUGAGUGUGAGGAGAGGAAGGGAGGGAGAUCUGUUGAUAGACGAAGUUUGUGGUGUGAGGGGAGAGAGUGGUGUGAUUUUGUGUAGUGCUCUGUACAGGAUGGAGAAUGUGGGAACGGAAGUGGGAGUGUGAGGGAAGGCAGGGAGGGAGUUCUGUUCAUAGUCUGAGUGCCUUAUCGUGGUGAGUGUGAGGGGAGGGAGUGGGGGAGUUCUGUUGAUACACGAAGUGGAUGUGUGUGAGGGGAGAGAGUGACACGAUCUUCUUACUAGGAACAAACGUGUGCGGGGAGGCCGGGAGGCAAUUCUGCUGAUAGACUAAAUGCCUUAUCGUUUGCAAAGUCCGAGUGCCUUAUCGUGGUGAGUGUGAGGGACGGGGGAGGGAAAGAGUUCUGUUGAUACACGAAGUGGAUGGGUGUGAGGGGAGAGAGUGACGUGGAGUGGUUUGAGUCUUUUGACAACUACUAUGAACUACGUGUUUCUUGAACUGUGCAUUAGAUAAGUGCAAGGCCCCUUGGCCUUGCUGGCACACAGCAGGGGCCCCCCGCAUCAAAUUUACAUGGGCCUAACUAAUUACUGGGGACACUAUAGUAAAACUGGGUCCUAAGGUACGACCCCGGUCUUUUUUUUUCCUUUUCUUUUGAAAACAUUUGAGUAAACCACUGGGGAAGUUAAGUAGCGGCCCAGGCAUCUGGAAGUUGGUGAAGCUUUUCAGAAGCUUCCGAUACUGGAAGAGCACAGUCCCGAACGACGCAACCACGACCUCCUACAGUUGACAAAAGUAUUGGAGGUGGCUGCUGACGGACUCCUCUGCACUUCAGGAAAUUACUGGCUAAAUGUGCAGAAUUUAGCGCAGCAGAAGCUGGCUGGGCCCGAUGCGGCAGAAGGGGAGAGGCGGUUAACAGAGGCCAAAAAAUUCUGGGGUUUUUCAACUUUUUUGAAGUUUUUUCAAGUUUUUUGGGGUCUUUUCAACUUUUUUGAAUGCUAUUUAUAAGAAAACCCAAAGGCCAUUCUAAACAAACUUGCCACCAGCUC